ACCACUCGUGAAAUGUCCGCUAUCACAAGAUAGGCAGUGGGAGGAAAUAUGCUUCUCGACUCACUUCCCAUUUUAAGCGUUUGUUGAGUGACUCUGUAGGAGUCGUUGGCUGUGUUGUCUGAUAAAGUUUAGGGGCAGCGUAAAUAAAGGCCAACAGCUUCAAGGACCUCAUUGAUUUAUGCCGACAAGUCAACGAGCAAUGAGUCUAUGUCGAAUUGUGCUGCUGUCUAUUGUGUGUAUCCAUCACGUGUGCGGCACUGACAUAUAUAUUACUGGAUACCGCGGUGACUCAGUCAUCUUAACAUCUGGAGCAGACAGAUCAUGGAAUCUCACCAGAGUUCAGUGGUCUAUUUAUAAGAACACAACAUACAUUGCAAGUCUUAAGGACGGCGAAGUGACUAUAUACAAGUUUUGGAGACAUCAGGGUCGACUUGAUCUUAACAAAGAAACGGGAGAUUUGACAAUAAAAAAUCUGACAAUGGAUGACACCAUGAUGUACAUCAUGGCUUUGGUCACCUCAAGUGGAAUACGGACACAAGUUAAAGUUCAUCUGUCAGUUCAAGAACGUCUCCAGAUACAAGUCACCCAGAAGCUUCAUUCCCUUAAUGACAACAAGUGCCAUGUUGUCCUUGAGUGCGCUACACAUGUCCAGAAUGUGAACUUUUCCUGGAUGCCUGAUGGCGAGUUCAACGGAUCAUAUAUUUCAGGAAUCACAAAAUCUGUCAACUCUUCGUCGGUUCUUUACGCAUCAUUUAGUGUCAACAGAAUUGUGACGUUCAACUGCACUGGUUCCAGUGGUCAACAGACAGUGACUAAUCAAGUGACAGUAGGAUGUUCAGAGGAGAAGCAGAAAUGUGAUGUCUGCACCGUCUGCAGUUCGUGCAGUUCAUGCGUUUCCUCUGUGAUGUGGACUUUUGUGUUAACAGCAGCGUUUGUUUGGUUUUUAGCAUAUGUAAUAACAAGAAAUCAAGAAAAAAUUAUUGCUGCCUGCUCUGAAGUCAACCAGCGUAUACGCACCACCAGUUUUCGUACCAACUCCCGAGGUGUUCAGGGGAAACAAGAAAACGCGUAAGACAACAAAAACUUCUUUUGCAUGAGGUUCAUCUGAACACUGAUCAGCGGGUGUGUGUUGCAUUAUGAAAGGGAACAUGUGCCAUUAUGUUUUCAGUUUUUUUAAGUUCAUUAAGCAAAUAAUGUAUGGAGGAUGUGACUCUUGGUUUGACCUCAUUGCAUCCGGUGUAUAUAAUGUGUCAUCUGUCACCUGUGUGAAUGAUGAUUUCUGGUACUUACGACAAGCUUUUCAAAGAUGCAAAAAAUGAAUGUUGUCUUCAAAAUACAUUUGGCUCGAAGAUCUGAAGCCUUGUGCUUCUUCAGUUUGAAGGGAUAUGACACUUAUGGCCAUCUCAACACAUCAUGGCAGCUUUUGUUUUUUAAUUUAAUAAACUGUCUGGUUUCUUGUUCAAAAAUGUGAGUGAAAAAAAGGUGUGCUCACAUUUAGUGAUAUAUUCAAUGCUAGUGGACUGCGCAUUUCAGGAUAUUCAAGAAGACUACUCCUUACCUCCUUUGUUAUGUAUUUGAAGCUGUCAGCAUAAUUUGAGCUUUAACUAAUGCCCAAGUAGUUACUUUGUGUAAUUUGGCCUAAUGGUUUGCAGUAAAAACCCACUGAGGGAUUCUUAUUUGAAGUCAUGAAUAAACAACAAUGAGCAAAGGUAAACAAAGGCCUGCCUGAUCAACAGUACCAAUGCAUGAUCAAUCUGUUAUUUGUCUAGUAUGCCAAUCACCCACCAAAACUUCAUGCCUUCUGCAAAAUAUGUUUUAUUUAGUUAAAAUUUAACGUGGUCGCAUUUGUGCGAGUGCAUGGUUUGUUCUGCUCCAAAGCAUUUGCUCUACAGGGUUGCCAACCCAAUUCUAAUUUUCGCCCAAUUGCUCCUGCAGAAGAAUCCCAAAACUAGCCCAAUCGUGUUUCGAGGGGGCUCCCCUAUUAAAAAUGGCAUUCUGGGGGAUAAAAUACACGUUUUUAAAUUCGUACUUCAGAGGUUAAAUAUGACAUUAUUGGGGUCGUUUCAACCAGUGAAUAUCAAAAAUAAACAUGCAAGCACUGUCACCGACAGCCAUAUUAGUUUCAUUUAUAGUUUCAUUUUGUUUUCAUUUUGAAAAGCUUGUUAUUUACCUCACGUUACGUUAUGGAGGCAUUCUUUUAAUUUAUUAUUAUUUUUUUUAUUUGAUUCUUCAGUGUUUGCUAAACGUUCUGUAAUUUAGUUGGUAUUUAGGCUAAGCAUGUGGUGUAUGCCAAGCCUCAUCUUAUUCGUUUUUGUUAAUAAUGCUUUAUUGUUGUUGUGCUUUUAAUAAAGAAUAGGCUACCAAUAAAUCCACAUUUUAUUUUAGUCUUAAAAAGUGAAAGGUGUAUAAAUGUAAGCAAAACAGACAAUAAUCUGACUUGUAAAAUGUGACAAGAUCGCAAAUUCGAAAGUGAAAGUGAAAGUGAAAGUGAAAGUGAAACUGACUUAAGCCCAACUUACAGCAAAAGAGGAACUCCCAUUAACAAAAUUUAAACCAAAAAUAAUACUAGGCCUACUGAUGAAAAAGAAUGCAUGGGUUGAGGGUUAACCUUUUUCAUUACCAUAUACAACUAUAAAUUAUGAUAAAGGUUUGUAGUCAAAAAAAAAAAAAAAAAAAAAAAAAAAAAAAAGACAA